CUAGGCAACGGCGGAAGUGGAAGGGCCGCGGCCUGCCUCGGAGGGACACCGGACGGGACCGGGAGGCGCCGCCGCCGUUGCUACCGCCCAGCGCAGCCCCACCGAGCCGCCAUGAGUGACCAGCAGCUGGAUUGUGCCUUGGAUUUGAUGAGGCGUCUGCCUCCACAGCAGAUAGAGAAGAAUCUCAGUGACCUCAUUGACUUGGUCCCAAGCCUCUGUGAAGAUCUCCUUUCCUCUGUUGAUCAGCCAUUGAAGAUUGCACGAGAUAAGGUGGUAGGAAAAGACUAUCUAUUGUGUGACUACAACAGAGAUGGAGACUCAUACAGAUCACCAUGGAGUAACAAAUACGACCCUCCCUUGGAAGACGGUGCCAUGCCAUCUGCUCGCCUGCGCAAGCUGGAGGUGGAAGCCAACAAUGCCUUUGACCAGUACAGAGACUUGUAUUUUGAAGGUGGAGUCUCCUCUGUCUACCUCUGGGAUCUGGAUCAUGGUUUUGCCGGAGUGAUCCUCAUUAAGAAAGCUGGAGAUGGAUCAAAGAAGAUUAAGGGAUGCUGGGAUUCAAUCCACGUGGUGGAGGUUCAGGAGAAAUCCAGUGGUCGUACUGCUCAUUACAAGCUGACCUCCACAGUGAUGCUGUGGCUGCAGACUAAUAAAACUGGUUCUGGAACCAUGAAUCUUGGAGGGAGCCUUACCAGACAGAUGGAGAAAGAUGAGACUGUGAGUGACUCCUCUCCACACAUAGCCAAUAUUGGACGCUUGGUAGAGGACAUGGAAAACAAAAUCAGAAGUACACUGAACGAGAUUUAUUUUGGCAAAACAAAGGACAUCGUGAAUGGGCUGAGGUCUGUGCAGACUUUUGCAGACAAAUCAAAACAAGAAGCUCUUAAAAACGACCUGGUGGAGGCUUUGAAGAGAAAGCAGCAAAGUUAAAGUACUCUUCAUGCUAACAAGACAUGCCAUGCACUCGUUAGAUUCCUUUCUUUAGAAGACUCAUGUCCCUCCCUCCCCUCCCCUCCCCUCUCCUCUCCUCUGCCCUUUUCUGUUACGUCAGUCACCGUUUGCAUUCAGUACUGUCCAUGCAACGCCAUCCUCCCCCAUGAAUAAAGCUGUACAAACUUU